GUCUUUUGUUGUUAGUUAUUCUUGUGUGUGUGAGAGAGUCUCAUUCAACCAAAAUCUUUUGCUUCUCCACGUUUGUUUUGGCACCGCAUAUUUCCCAGCAACGCUUUUUUCUUUCUUUCUUCUUGAAGUGCUUUUAGCUUCUGUUGUAUAUUGACAACACCGAGGUAUCGCCGGGGCAGCGCUAUUUGCUGUGGUUUUUUUCUUUCCAGUUUUCAGGUUGCGCCAGCACCGACAACACACGCACACGCAAACAAAAGAGAACUGCUGAUACGCGAUGGCGUCCAUUGAGAUCUCACCCGGCGACCGCCAGCACAUCGACUACCUCGCCGACCUCUUUGCAGUGAUCAUCGCCAUUGAGCAGAUUGAGAAGGCGAAUCGACGUGAUUUAAUCACGCAGGAUCAGUACGCCGCGACAGUGCGUCGUCUCUUGGAGAAGUACAAGAGCACCGUGGCGCAGCUGCAGAGCGCACACAACCCGUACUUCACCUCUGUGGAGGACUUCUUUGAGAAGUACUGCACCCGCUGCCUCGCCGCGCGCGCGACGAUCCGCGACGGCCCGGUGAGCAGCCCUGGUGAGAACAACGCUCGAUUUCUCGCGCGUCAGGCUGUGGAGUGCAGCGACCACUUCAUCACGCUGCUGGAUUCGUUGCGGCUGCAGCAGACCUCUGUCGACGUGUUAAACCCGCCUCUGGGGGAUCUGCUGCAGGUGCUGGGGAAGCUGGGCCUUAGCAACCAAGACUUUUGUGUGCGUCUACAGGCCUGGCAGCGACGUUUGGACGGCAUGAAUGCGGCCGACAUGUUGGACGAGGCUGCCUCGCGUGACUUCGCCUACGACCUGGAGCGCGGCUACGCGUGCUUGAAGACGUAUCUGGAGAGCGACCCUACGCUGUCGAAGCGGAAGUGA